AUGGCGGGUAACGAGAAGUACGUUCAAGCGACAAACGACGACGCGACCGUCAGUAAACUAUCCUGUGUAGCAAAGGGUUAUUUCCAGGAUCCCUUUGUGAAGCUAUUCGUGCGCCGCCCGGCCAGGCGGUCCCCCGUCAUCCACCGAGGCUACUUCGCCCGCUGGGCUGCUCUCCAACAGCUGGUCGACCAGUUCCUCUCCGUUUACGGAUCAGCUCAUAACGAGGAUAAGGCCAGAGCCCCUAGUCAAGGGGAGUCAAGAGAGUCAACGGGGGGACCAGAUGUAGCUUUACAGAUCAUCUCCCUGGGAGCAGGCUUUGAUACCCUCUUCUUCAGACUCCAGACAGAGGGCAGAGCCCCCCAUAGGUUCAUUGAAGUGGACUUUCAAGAGGUGGUAGCAAAGAAAGCCGCCAUCAUCAACGCCAAGCCGGAGCUCGCAGCAUGCCUCGGCCCAGACGUCACUCCCUUAGAGAAUGGUGGGCUUCGCUCUUCGAAUGGCUAUUCCCUCGUGUCUGCUGACUUGAGAGACACUGAUAAACUGCACGAGGCGCUCGCAGCAGCUGGAGCUGAGUUUGGGCCCAACACAGCGACACUAUUCCUCUGCGAGUGCGUACUCAUCUACAUGGACGCGCCCAGCAGCCACAAACUCGUAGCCUGGGCGGCAGAGAAGUUUGGCACGGCGGCGUUUGUCGUCUACGAGCAGAUCCGGCCGGACGACGCGUUUGGACAGCAGAUGAUCCAAAAUUUGGAGGCUCGGGGCUGCCCUCUGCUUGGUAUCAGAGCCACACCAACACUUGAAGCGAAGGAGAAGAGGUUCCUCGACGGUGGCUUUGAGAGAAGCAAGGCAGUGGAUAUGGACGUGAUAUACUCACACCACAUCGAUCCACAGCUCGUCAGAAAAAUCGAACCACUGGAAAUAUUCGAUGAGUUUGAGGAGUGGCAUCUCAUGCAGGAUGCUCUGGGUGUUCUACAUAAUUUGGGAUUUCGUAAUUUCUCUCAAGACACAACAUAA